AUGUUCUUCAGGGGAGGAAUCUGGCUUUGGUUAUGUAUCAGAACAGGUGUCAUUCUAGGAAAUGAGCUAAAUAUCCCAGAGCGACAUGGUACAAAUCAUUGUUACCAACUUAACAGGUUUCACUGCAGCUACGAGGAAGCAGAAAAUCACUGCCGUGUCCAGGGGGGACACCUUGCUUACACUUGGAACCUGGAAGUCCAGAAUCUUCUCUGGGACUCUCUAGAGGAAGGGAGUAAGUGGUGGAUUGGGCAAAAUCUAAAGCACCUGGGAAAACAUCAAGAGAAAAACAACUCAGAGAUAUUUUCAAAGUCAUGCACUGUAAUAUUGUGGUCUUGGAGAAAUAUCUGUAUCGUGGGUCCCUGGCCCCUGGAGCUGCCCAGCUGCACUUACAUGUCCAGAAACUCCAACUGGAUCUCAUCAAAAGUGGACUUGUGCCCCCUGGAACAUUCUUUCAUUUGCCAGGCUGAUGCCUUUCCAGACCAAGAUGAAAGACUUGGAAUGAAUUCUCAUUUACACGGGAGACCCGAGAAGACAAGAGGAGAAGUCCCAAUAAUGAGAAGCAAAAGGACCGCAGCAAUCAGAGGAGCGAUCUUUUACAACACAAGUCAGCUCACGCUGCUGUUCCUCAAAGUCCCCAAUUGUCUUCCCAUCUCAUUCAAGAUUCAGCCUUUUCUUUUAUGUACCUUUCAGUCCAAGAUCCUGUGUCUUUCCAUCAGCCCAUUUCCUUCAACACUCCCCACAGUCACACGGCGGGUCAUGGCAGUGACCUCAGCGCCUACCAGCCAGCCUCUCCCUGGCACGCUGGAGCCCACCAGACCGGAGCUUGAAACACAGUCCGGGCAAGCUGUGGUCAAGGUGACCUCAAGCCGCAGAGAGGACUCCCAGGCAGAGGUCUUCACCACUAACCUACAGAUGUCACUUCGGGACGCAUCUCAUCAGGUCAUAAACAAGAAAGCAGGGAACAUGAGCAAAGUGAUUUAUGGUUUGCAAACUCACAGCAAACUACAGACAGCUUGUGAAAUGCUCCAGAAACUGACAGCCUUUAUCCCAGGAAUUUCUAAGUCAGCUCAGGUCAGUGUCCUCAGUCCACUUGGUGACCCGAAUGGGCAGUUACCUGGGAGCGCAUAUGAGAGCAACAGCAGUCUGGGCUUCGAAAACCCCAUGACUGUCUGCCUCAUUCACUCCCUUGACGAUGUCGUGGAAGCUGGUGAAGCCAGUCUGCAAAGAUCCAAGCAUGACAUUGAGCAGGUAGAAAAUAUGCUGGAAAUGGCCUUGCUGGCCCUUGGAAAGAUCCAAGAAGUAUUUCUACAGCAGAACUGGGUUUCUGAGUCUUUAGUGACUAUGACCUCUUCUGUUACUACUCUGAUGCUGAGCAGCCAAAACAUGUCAACCUGGCCUCUGAGCUCCUACAGUCUCUGGUCCCCAGCACCUGUGAGGUUAGUCUUUCCAUCAACCUCAGCUUUGCAAGAGCUCUUGAACAGACACCGGGGAGUUAAUGUCCAAAUGAGUGUAACAGGACUAGCUUUCAAUCCCUUCAGGGAUUUUGAUGACAAGAACAUUGUUGGAAGCAUCGGAAGUGUGUUGCUAAGCUCUAAUCAUAAAUUGUUCCAAGUCGAUGACUUAAUGGAAGAUAUCGAGAUCAUGCUGUGGAGAAAUGUUAGCAUGGAAAGCCAUCACACCAGCGUCAACGUGAGCUCAGAUCAUUUUAUUAUUGUAGUGAACAUCACUUCCCUGGAGAAAUCCCUGAUUGUAUGCAUAGAACCUGAAAGUCGCCUUUUAAUGACACUCUACCUGGGGUUCCAGUAUCAGCCGAACCACACCCACUUUGACCUGAACGUCACCCUUCCAAAGACUCAGGUGUGGCAAAAAGCUGAGGAAUAUACGUGGGUGCUGAGCCUAGAGAGCCUGCGGCACGGGACCGGCACCUACCAUGUGAUGGCCACAUGGAAUGAAAACAAGGAGAGCACCCACCAGACACCCUCCCGAUUCUCGGUGGUGACGGCCGUCACACAGUGUUAUUUCUGGGACAGCCACAACAGCAUGUGGAAGAGCCGUGGAUGCCACGUUGGGCCACAGAGCACGGUUUUGAGGACGCAGUGUCUCUGUAACCGCCUGGCCUACUCCGGCAGCGACUUCUUCAUUGUGCCCCGGACCGUGAACAUUAAGGACACGAUCAAGCUGUUCCUUCGUGUGACCAACAACCCUGCUGGGGUGUCUUUGCUGGCCAGCCUUUUAGGAUUCUAUAUACUCACGUGUGUGUGGGCUUGGAGAAAGGAUCAAGCAGACAUGCAGAAGGUGAAGGUCACUGUCCUAGCCGACAAUGGCCCCAGCUCUCAGUUUCACUACCUGCUUCAGGUCUCCACUGGCUAUCGAAGAAGGGCUGCCACAGCAGCUAAGGUGGUUAUCACCCUUUAUGGAUCAGAGGGACGGAGUGAGCCCCAUCACCUUUGUGACCCCCAGAAGGCAGUCUUUGAGCGAGGGGGACUGGACGUCUUCCUCCUCACCACCCAGUCCUCCCUCGGGGAGUUGCACGGCCUGCGGCUCUGGCAUGACAACUCGGGGGCCAGCCUUUCUUGGUAUGUAAACCAGGUCACUGUCAGUGACCUGGCAGGUGAAAGGAAAUGGUACUUCCUGUGCAACUGUUGGCUGGCGGUGGAACUCGGAGAGUGUGAGCGUGACCAGGUCUUUGUGCCAGUCUCAAAGAAAGAGCUCUUUUCCUUUAGACACCUGUUCUCGUCCCUCAUUGUAGAGAAGCUCACCCGGGACCAUCUGUGGCUCUCGGUCUUAACUCGACAUCCCUGGAACCGGUUUACGAGAGUCCAGAGACUCACUUGUUGCCUGACGUCGCUGCUGUGAGACAUGGUGGUCAAUGUUAUGUUCUGGAGGAGAAGCAGCAGCACAGCUGAGAGAGACAAGCCAGUGGGUCCGUUCCCUGGGACCUGGUCCCAGCUGCUCACCAGCGUCCAAACUGCUGUCCUCCUCUUCCCCGUCAAUCUUGUAAUUGGGCGCCUCUUCCCGCUGAUCCAGCCACACGAACCCCUGCCUCCCUUUCCUCCCAGCCAAGCCUCCUGCCUCCCAGAGGCUCCUUUUGAGCCUCUGUCUCUCACAGAGGUGGCUGAGGAAUUGAAGGAAACGGUGGGAUUCCUGCUCAGGAGAAACACCUACCUACUCUCAGAGUGGGAACAAUCUUUAUGGGCGUCUCACAGCAUUAACAAUACAUAUCAGUUUGGAUUUAUUGCUGAUGGGAACUCCUUUCUUCUGGGCAAUGUCCUGCUUCGUCAGAUUCGCAUCUCCCCAACUGGAGUGUCUCCCCAAGAGCAAGUGAAGUCAUCUCCCCAAGGUCAGGAGGAUACAGAGAACUAUGGAGUAAACUGGGGCCUGCCUGAUACAAACGUCACAAAAUCAGAGAGCAUUUGGCAUUAUCAGAAUCAAGAGAUAGCGGGGGGCUGUCCUGUCCAAGGGGAAUUUGCCACCUACUCAGGAGGAGGGUAUGUUGUGAGACUUGGGAGAAGCUCCCGUACUGCUAUCAGAGUUCUGCAGCAUCUUGAACAGAGCCACUGGCUUGACCAUUGCACCAAAAGCCUCUUUGUGGAAUUUGUGGUCUUCAAUGCUAAUGUGAACCUGUUCUGUGUAGUGACCCUGAUUUUGGAGUCCAACAAUGCAGGUGCGUUCUUCCCCUCACUGAAGCUGGACACUUUAACUUCCCUUCAGGCAUCAAAGGAGGACUUUGCCUGGUCUCUCAUCUCGCAAGUCAUCUAUUACCUACUAGUCUGUUACUAUGCCUUUGUACAGGGUCAUUGGCUGAAACAACAGAGGUGGAGGUUCUUCUCUAGGAAAAGAAACAUUCUGGACGUGAGCAUAAUCCUCAUUAGCUUUGUCCUCCUGGGUCUUGACAUGGAGCGUACUUCUCUGCAUAAGAAAAACAUGGCACGAUACCACUAUGACCAGGACAGGUUCAUCAGCUUCUACAAGGCAGUGAAAGUAAACCCAGCCAUCAUUCACCUCAUGGGCUUCCUGGUUCUGUUGGCAACUAUUCAGCUUUGGAACCUGCUGCACCAUAACCUCAGGCUGCAGGUCAUCGGGAGGACACUUGGCAAAGCCUGGGACAAGGUGGUGGGCUUCUUGCUGGUCAUCCUGAUCCUGCUCACAGGCUGUGCCACUGCUUUUAACCUGCUGUUUGGUUGGAGCAUCUCUGACUACCGAACUUUCUUCAGCUCAGCAGUGACUGUUGUUGGCCUCCUACUGGGAAUCUCUCAUCCAGAGGAGGUUAUUGCUUUAGACCCAAUCCUGGGAUCCUUUCUGAUUCUCACCAGUGUCUUCCUGAUGCUACUUGUGAUCAUUAACCUUUUUGUUUUGGUGAUUCUCAUGGCCUUUGGUAAAGAAAGAAAAUCCCUUAAGAGAGGAAGGAGACAACUUUGA